UCGAUUGUAUUAUCGAUAUUAGACAAUUUUAUGAAAAUUUAUUAACGUGUUUAAUUGAUUAAUUGUUUCUACUGUUUUCUUUUAUUAUAUCUAAGUGAUACAAUCAAACUGAUAUCGUCAAAUUCACCAUGGAACAAACUGAUCGUGAUGCCAUGUGGGAGGAAUAUUUGAAGAAAGCUAAAUUGCUGGAAGAAGUAAUUGAUAAUGUUGGUACCAAUAGCUCACAUGAUUCCGUAGACAGUGGUGAUGUUAAUGAUGCCAUAGAUGGUGAUUCACUGAAGAAAAGCAAAGAUGACCAAGCCAAUGAAAAGACGAAAGCUCAUUUGGAAGAAAAAUUUAAUCAGCUGACUAAUCAACUGGAUGAAUUGAAACAUCUUUUUGCUGAGUUGAAGAUAUUUCUUCCUGCAUAUAAUUUAAGAAGAGCUCAAGAAAUACUCAACAAUAUGAAAGAUAAAAUUGAAAGUAAAAGAAAGCUAAUACUACCAAGAAAAAAGUUCUCGUUUAAAGCUCAAGCAGUGCCAUUAAUGGUGAUGGCAGCUUCUGCGGAUCCUGUCGUCCAAGGAAUGUCAAAGGAGACUAAAGAUUUAAUUUUUGGGUCCUUUUUUGGUUUCAAAGAUAUAGUUGAUGGAAAUUUAAUCAUCGAAAGAUCACAGUCUUUGGGUAAAGACAUUCAGCUGAUCAAUUUAACCAAUUGUAAGGUUUAUAUCAAAGGUCGUCCUUGUUCCGUCAGCGUGUUCAAAUGUACAAAUAGUGAGAUCAAUAUUGGUCCAGUUGAUAGUUCUCUGUUCAUCAAUACUUGUUCCGAUUGUUCGUUUCAAAUAAUGUGCCAUCAAUUAAGAAUUCACCAGAGUCGUAAUUGCCAGUUUAAAGUUCACUUAACCAGUCGAGGUAUAAUUGAAGAUUCUUCUGGAUUGGUUUUCACGCAAUAUUCCUGGACUUAUCCUGGUUUUGAAGAAGAUUUACAAUUGACGACUCUUGACCUAACAAAUAACAAUUGGGAUGCCAUUGAUGAUUUCAAUUGGCUUGUUAAAGAUAAGCCAUCACCUAAUUGGAGUCGAUUAAACAUAACUUCUUGAACAACGAGACCAAGAUAUGAGAAAGGGAUAGGAAGUACUAUUCCUUUACCUGUUCGUUUGUUCAAAGAUCAUAAUCACGUUUUUUUCAAGAUGAUCGUUUUAAAGCUUCUAAUCUAUAAGUACAAUAUUGAAAUAGAUCUAAUUGAUCUAUACAGAUUUCAAAUAGUAUAUCGCAUGCCGUCGACCAAGACUAACCAAAUUUGUUUACUCAGAUUUGAAUUAAUUCAUCCGGAAAAUCUGUUAUUAAAAGAAACGAGCUUUCAUUCUGUAUUAUUAAUUUUUGCUUAUUUUCAACACCAUUCGAAUAAUUAUCUUCAAAGAUUAUCAAUUUA